AUGGGAAAGCGGAAUCGUGCUUGCGAGGAGUGCCACCGUCUCAAGAUCAAGUGCGAUGUAAGCACACAUCCCGGAGGGGCGUGCGAGCGGUGCAGCCGCAACAACUUCGAGUGCGUGCCGGCAGCAUCGCGUCUCCAGCGUGACCGCAUCAACGAGCUCGAAGCCCAGGUCCGAGAACUCAGGAACGCGCUUCAAGAGCAGAGUAGUAGCAGCAGCAGCGCGACGCCAGGCCGGUCCCCCGGCAACCUCCUGGAGAGCAGCUUUCCCACUGUGCUAUCGUUCCUAGACGCCCGAAUCCCGCCGACCAAACAACAGGAUCUGCUCCACCUAUUUGCGCACCGGGCGGGAGCUGCGUGGCCGGUGAUUCGCGUACCCCUGGAACUAGACCGUGUCCGCGCGGAAUCGCCAAUCCUUCUCCUCUCUGUGGUGGUGUAUACCGUUACCCAGGAGACACAGGGCACCAGUAUUGACGAGCACGACGAGCUCGUGCGAGAAACAGUGCACAUCCUUGGCGACGAGGUGAUUGGCCGAGGCCAGAGAUCCCUCGAGCUCGUGCAGGCCCUGCUCAUUGCGGCUUUCUGGAACAAGACGGCGCGCAGGGGACAGCAGGGAAGCUGCUAUCAGAUUGUGCAACUGGCUGCCGAUAUGGCCAUCGACCUCGGGAUUGCCGGGGUUUCGCUGCAACCCUCUCCGGUGGCGUAUUUCAGCCGGCAUGAGGAUUCAGCAUCGCUUGAGGCGCGGCGUACCUGGCUUGCCUGCUUCGUGGCACUUUCGACAUCAUCUAUCAGCAUACGGCGCCCCAACACAGUCCCGUGGAAUGCUCAUCACCAGGAUUGCCUCUUACACCUGGAAAGCAGAGGGGACGCAUUCGACAUUCUGCUCUGUCAGAUUGUCCGCAUCAUCCAGUUGAUUCAAGAAAUUUCCGAUCAGCUUGGCCUUUGCCGAUUAGAAACCUUCGUGGAUGGUAACAACUACAAUACCUAUGCUUCAAUCGAGGCUUUGAAGAACAAGGUAGACGUAUGGGUAUCUCAUAUUCCACCCAGCCUUGCAACAUCACUCACGCUCAAGGUGUGGGGUCAUGUAGCCAUGAUCCAUAUCUACGAACUGGUGCUACAUACCCCGACGAACAAGGCAUCGUUUGCAGCACCGUUUAUUCCAUCACGUAUCGCCGUCAAAGACUUCCCAAGGCCAGAUAACUUCAUUGCUCCCCUCCAAAAAGCUCUCGGGGCCAUUGUACACCAUUGCCACGCCGUCAUUGACAUCGCCUCAGAGAUGGACCCUGCCUUGGCCCUCAGUCUUCCUUCUUUUUGCUUUGCCCCUAGCGUGGUUUACUCUCUCUUCGUGCUGGUCAACGUCUUGGUAGCGGCGACUGAUCCUGCAAAUACCUACGGACGGUGCCUGAUGAGGGACAAUUUUCGAGUCGAGCAAUGCGGUCUGAAGCUGCAGGGUUUGACAGCACGGAUGAAGGAUCUCGAUCCUACAUUAAGCUGCUACGCGACUCGGUUAUUUGAUGCGACGGGGUGGCUUGAGGAAUGGUACAAAGACUACAACUCUAUUCUCCAGCGAUACGAGAUGAACCUCAAUACGUAG